AUGCAGAGUCGCAUGGCUCAGCGCAGGUUCCGUGGACGCCAGCGCCAGCAAAGCAAGACCCUGAGCCAGCUCUGUCUCGACGUUUUGCCGCCAGGGGCAGCAGGGCCCGACCUACUGUCUACCCCUGACUUCAGUUCCCUGUUCGAUGACUCCUGCAUCGACCUGAAUAUGCAAUAUCUGGACCCGAAUACAAAUACAUCGCUGCCCACGAGUUCGCUGCACACCCCGUCCAGUUCAUCCGCCAGUCUCGGCCUCCCCAGCAUAGGAGACCCAGGUUUCCUGACCCCGGAAGACUUGGAAAUCAUCAUGACGCCUAGCGAGAACUAUCUGCCUGGAAGAGCUGGCCUGGAUCCCCAUGAUCCCGAGAACAAUCUUCUCGAAAGCGGCAAAGACCGUGACAUCGACGCCAUGAUGGACAACAACAACAACCACAGCAACGGCUGGCUCAGCAUCCUCCACCUGGCCGUCCAAAAAGGCCACGACAGCAUCGUCCGCGUCCUCCUAGAGCGAAACAUGGACUGCAACGACCCAGACAGCGACGGCCUGACACCACUCAUGCACGCCACGAUCCAGGGCCACGGAGCGGGCCGUGGCCCUAUUACUCUCGCACGGGGCCUGUGCGGGCAAGCUGGACCACCACCAGCGCUCGGUCCUUCACUGGGCGGUUUUACACCGUCGGGAAACCCUGCUUACGAUCAUGCUGGAUCGGUGCUCGGGGCACUGGCGCCUCAUUGA